GUCGUCGGGGAAGCAACGCUUUUAAGAAGCGGGAAAACAUCAAAAAACAUAUAUACAUAUAUAGUCAGUGGGCCGCCGAGAUCGGGCGGGGAAAACGACAUUGACAUUCAAGCGGGCGCGCUAAUUGAUCGAUAAACCCCCCAACCCUAACGCCCGGGUCAAGUACUCUCAAUUGGAAGUGUCAGGUGGCAGCAUGGGGCAUCUGGUCCCGCUGCUGUUGGUGUUUUUCGGUUUCGGAGCUCCAUGGCCGGUUCUCGCCAGAACCGAUAACCAAACCGCCUGUGGAUCGCUGGAGAUAAACGAGAUUGCGGACUUUCGGAAAAUGCAGAACUGUACGUACGUGGUGGGUCACAUACGACUGGCCCAUGUGGACUUCACAGCCGGCAACUACAGCCUCGAAUCGCUGGCCAGCAAUGUCUCCGAGAUCAGCGAUUACUUGAUGGUGUAUCGCUGCAACGGGCUGCUCACCCUCCAGAAGAUAUUCCCCCGAUUGCGGAUCAUUCGCGGUCAGGCCCAGCUCUUCGAUAAGUACGCUCUGGUGGUCUACGAGAAUCGCAAUCUAAGGGAGCUGGGCCUGGUGGAACUACUGCGUGUCCAGAAGGGCUUCAUUCGCAUCGAAUCGAACCCCAUGUUGUGCUUCGUGGAGACCAUUGAUUGGAUGUACCUCAUGGGCAACGCGACUGAACAGCACUAUUCUCUAAAGCAUAACAAGCCGCAUGGCCAGUGUCCUUGGUGUGGUGGUCCAUUAGCAGAGUUCGAUUUCCUUAAGAAUGCCUCGGAGCAUUGCUGGAAUCUGAACGCAGCCCAGCUUCGUCCUCAGCCGCCUCGUUCCAAGGAUUGCCCACCGGCCUGUGGUAUAAGUGGAUGCGAUAAUGCGGGCAUAUGCUGUGACCACAACUGCGUUACUGGAUGCUAUUCACAAAAUUGUUCACUAUGUGCAAAUUACCAGGGAAAGUCUGGUUGUGUAAAUCAAUGUAUCGCCAGUUACGAAAUAAACAGGAGACAGUGCAUCAGCAAGAGAGAAUGCAAGGAUUUGGGAAGGAUUCCCUUGGUACGUGGCUAUCAGUGUGUGAAGAAAUGUCCGGGGAAUCAGAAGAAGGUCCUGGAUGCCAAGGGCAUGAUUCAAUGUCAAGUGGAGUGUAAGGGCGAUUUUCAUGUCAAGAGUGCCGCCGACUUAGAAGACCUGCAGGACUGUUUAACCAUUAAUGGUUCUCUAACCAUUGAGCUGACGAACAUUAAAGAGAAAAUAGUAGAAGCUUUGGAAAAUGCUUUGGUUAGUGUUAAGGAGAUCACUGGCUACCUCAAAGUUAUACACUCUGCCCAGCUUAUGUCUUUAACAUUUCUUCAGAACUUAGAUUCCAUUCGAGGUGAUAAGCUGGUUGAAAACAAAUACGCCCUCUUCGUGGUUAAUAACUACCACCUGGAGCACAUCUGGCCCCCCAAUCAUCAUGUGAUCAUCCAGCGUGGUAUGCUCUUCUUCCACCUGAAUCCCCGGCUGUGCUACGAAAAAAUUCACCAAUUGCAGAGCUCGCUGAAGAGCGGUGAGAAUAUAUCUGUGGCAGAUGUAUCGCCCAAUUCGAACGGUGAGCGCGUGAUUUGUGGCGACGGAGUGAGGUCCCUGAAGCCCGUUGUAGAGGAUUUGAAUUCCACUGCGGUGCGCAUUAUCAUGGACUAUAUGGACUGGGACGGCAUGGAAACGCUGAUAGGAUAUUCGUAUUACUACAAGGAAGCCCCGCAGCAAAACGUGACUAUGUACGAUGGUCGGCAUGGUUGCGGUCAUGACAACUGGCUCAUGGAUAUUUCGCCAAACAAGAGCCGACGUCAUGUGAUACGCAACCUAAAGCCCUAUACACAGUAUGCGUAUUUCGUGAAGACCCUAACUCGCACCGAUUACCAUAUUCAAAUAGACGCCUACUCGAAAAUCGCUUACUUCCAAACGCUGCCCGAUAGGCCUAGUCCCGUGGUCCGGAUCCGCGGCAGCUCGGAGAUCAGCUCCCAGAUUCUCCUUCACUGGUGGCCACCUAGUCGUCCAAACGGCAUCAUUAAGAAAUAUUUAUUGACCUAUGAAAAGCAGAAUGUAACCAAGGAGGUAAAGGACGUGUCCGCAAGUAUCGCAGAUUUGGAUUGCGACUGUGUAGAUGUAUUACCCUACUAUUCGGGUCCUCAACCGGACGACGAGGAUUACUACAACAAAGAUCAAAUCACCUACGAAGAUGCGUUGCCCAAUCUCAUUUACGUCUCGCGUUAUUACGACAAUCGAAGAAAGGAGUUCGACAAAGUAGUAGACUACGAGCAUCUAUUGACUAUGAAGAAAAAGGAAGUGCCCACUACUCUGGCACCGACCAAUCCAGUGCUCACAAAUAAAACGCUGGUAAAAAAGGCCGCUGAGACCUACGAAAUGUUCCGCAUGAAAAGCGAGAUGAGGCAUAAGGACAUGCAGGACUUUGAUCGGGAGAAGUGCAAGAUCCGCCAUGCCAUGCCAAAGUGCCAGAACUCACAUGCAUCGGUGGUCCAGCAGGUGGAGGAAAAGUGCGUCGUUGAGGAGACCUUGAAUGGCAUCGAGCUGCCGGGCAAUCAGCACUUCUACUAUAUUUUCAAUUUGGAACCUGAGACCUAUUACCGGGUCACAGUGCGAGCCUGUGUCGAUGGCGUGGUCAACGGGUGCUCCAAUCCGGCGGAAGCCCUGGUCAAGACCACCGGCCUUCGGAUCGAACGGUUAAUGAAGGAUGUUUAGGGUAGAAACUAUCGAUCGAAACCCAUUUGUAUUAGCUGGCAGGUGAUAAAUGCUAGCCCAUAUGACACUAGACUUUUUAAAACGAGAUCUGAAAUUAAUUUAGCACCCUUUAUGUUUUCUGAUUACAUUUUUGUAUUACUUCUGGUUAUGAAUUUACUUUUAUACCGAAAACGAAUGAGUUCCCGAAAUCUCUAGUGAUUGUCUUAUUAUAUGUGGAAGUCAGGAUUUGUAAAUGUGUUUCAAUCUUCCAUUUUAGGGACGUGUCAUAUGGGUUUAACUAAGUAUUGUAAGUCCAAUAACUGUAGUUGUCUUAAUGUUCCUCGCAAUGUAUAGUAAAUGUGUAAAUGCCUAACAAAUCCUCAACAAG